AGGAAGAAGAAGAAGAAGAAGAGAAGAGGGGCCUGAGUGAAGGAAGAGAAGAAGGGGAGGAUGCCGGAGUCGGUGCUGGUGACGGGGGCCAACCGGGGCAUCGGGCUGGAGCUGGUGAAGCAGCUGCUGGGCAAGGAGAGACCCCCCAAGACCCUCUUUGCCACCUGCAGGGACCCCCAGGGACCAGGGGCCCAGGAGCUGAGGGCCUUGGCAUCCAAACAUCCCAACCUGGUGAUUCUGAAGCUCGAAGCCACCAACCCAGCCAGCAUCCAGUCUGCAGCCAAGGAAGCGAAGUCCCGCUUGGGGGAUCAGGGCCUGAACCUGCUGAUCAACAAUGCCGGGGUGAUGCCUGCCUGCACCUUGGAGUCGGCCACCGCCAAAGACAUGCUGGACGUCUACAAUAUCAACCUAGUGGGGCCCAUGCUGGUCACCAAGGCCUUCCUUCCUCUGCUGAAGCGGGCGGCCCAGGCCUCUCCUCACAAGGCCCUCAGCUGUGGCAAGGCGGCCAUCAUCAACAUGUCCACCAUACUGUCUUCCAUUGAGAAAACCCCGGAGAUGUACCACAGCUUCCCAGUCAUCUCCUACCGCUGCAGCAAGGCAGCGCUGAACAUGCUGACCAAGCUGCAGUCCAUGGGCUACAAGGAGGAGGGCAUCCUCUGCACGGCAAUCCACCCCGGGUGGGUCAAGACCGACUUGGGGACGGAGCAGGCGGACCUGACGGUGGAGGAGAGCGUGGCCGGCAUCCUGGAAGUGUUAAGCAGCCUCUCCGAGAAGCAUCACGGGAUCCUGGUCACUUGGGAAGGGAAAACCUUGCCCUGGUGAGCGCCAAGGAAGGAGACAGGGGCACAAAAGGGACGCCACAUUCAAACCAAUAAAAGGAAAUGACCGGA